AUGCACACUAAUUCUAAUAAUAAAAAUAUUAAAUCUUACGGCCCUACAAUCUCAAGUAAGUCGAGAUCAAUAGAGGGUUUACCAAAGGGAAAAAUAUGGACCACAAAUCCUAGUAAAGUAAGGACACCGAAAACAAUAUCUUACUUAUUUCCCGAACACUCCCCUAUCAACAGAAGAAGAGAAUUGUUUGGGUUUAGACGAUUUACUAGGACCUACAUUUUAUCCUCUUCAAAGGAAAGGAAAACUGGUAAGAAGUCUGGCAGUUCAGAUAUAUCGAUAAUCCAAUGUUCUUCUAAAAGUACAAACUAUUACAACUGUUUAACUGGCUUGCCCUUAUCGAAAAGAAUUAAAACAGAUCCGAAAAGCAAGGAAAUUUUAUGUCAUAUUAGUUUAAAAGCAGAACCCAAAAUUCAAGCUUAUACUGCUGAUGACUCUAAAUACAUCGAGGAAAGUCAUUUCGCAAAUGUUACUGACAAACAAAGAAGGAUGAUAAUAAUAAGAAAUAUUCCAAAGGAGACUGGAAUACAUAGUAUUGUUGCUCAGAUAUCAGGUGGCCCAAUAGAGAACUUCAAUUUUUACCAGCAACAUAAACUAAGCUCUCCUUCUAAUGUUUUAAAGAUAGCGUUCAUAGCGAGCGAAGGUGCCCAGCAAUUUAUGAAGUACGGAAAUACCAAUUUAUUCAAGGUUAAUGGUAUUCAUUUGAAACCUGAAUGGUUUGUCGACUCUAAUUUAUGCAUUCCAAGCAAAACUGUUCCCUCGAAAACUCUACUGAACUAUAAUGGAAAAUGUCGUUGCCUCUUUAUGAAGCAAUUACCUCUAAAAGAUCAUUUGGUCCUAAAUUCCUUAUAUUUGAAACGUAUACGGUCAGACUUUGAAUGUUUUGGAGAAAUUGUCGAUAUUUCUCCUUUGAUCUCAAGGAGGCCAUGCCUAUAUAUACAGUUUUAUGAUAUUUACAGUGCUGUGAGGGUCUUAGAAGCCUAUGAAGACCGACACUCAAGGAUACAUCAACAGUACUUCGAAAAAUGGUCCAUCUAUUAUGGAAAGGAUCUUACCGAUACGGCUUGUUAUCAAUUAUAA